CCGAAGGCUCGCGGAGCCCGCCUCGAGCCGCGGCCGUGCACUUGGGAAGCGAACUCGGGGCCGCCCUGUCCACGAGCGGGGCGCCGGGGCCGCCCCGAUCCGCACCGGCCGGCGUGCCCCCUGCCGGGCGCCAACAGCUUCGCGGCUUCGGCGCGCCCCUCGCCUUCUCGGACGUUGCUCGGCGGGGGGUUGCAGGGAGCCUCGGCGCUAAGGCCUUGAGCGGAGAAGAAAGUCUAGAAGACAGCAAGGAUGGCACGAACAGCCGAAUCGUUGAGGAAGAUGCAGCCGAGGGGCAGCAGCCAUAAAAGGUUUUCCUUUGGAAGACUUCCACGUAGGGGCUUGUCAGCUGCGUCAGAAAAUGAGGGAGCGGUGCUGUCCCUGAGGUCAGCCUGAGCACAAAGAGAAGGUCCCUUGAUACCUAUCUGGAAGCCACCCUAAGGUCCAUGGCUAAGCCCUGGACACCGGAUGCGCCUUACCCAAGAUUCCACACUUCUCUUGCGGUCAGUUCUUGAUGGAUUUCACUCCUGGAUGCUGGCGACUCCUGGGCAGGAGACAUGGCUCCAAUCAGGCUGGGGUUUGGAAACCAGGAUCUGUGUCUGCUCAAGAGAAGGAGUUUCCUGCUGUUGAAACUCACAGCUGUUGUCUUUGCCACGCUUCUAUUUUGUGAAUUUUUAAUCUAUUAUUUGGUGAUCUUUCGGUGUGAUUGGCCUGAGGUGAAAACUCUGGCUCGUAACAGUGGACAAAAGACUCUGAAAGCCAUGUUUUUGGCUGAUACCCACUUGCUUGGGGAAGUACAAGGCCAUUGGCUAGACAAAUUACGAAGGGAAUGGCAAAUGGAGAGAGCUUUCCAGACGGCUCUGUGGUUGUUGCAGCCCGAAGUUGUCUUCAUUCUAGGGGAUGUCUUUGAUGAAGGGAAGUGGAGUUCCCCCCAGGCCUGGGCAGAUGAUGUGCAGCGAUUUCGGAAAAUAUUCAGACACCCACGUCACGUGCAGCUGAAGGUGGUUGCUGGCAACCAUGACAUUGGCUUCCACUAUCAGAUGAGCACAUACAAAAUAAAACGAUUUGAGAAAGUUUUCAACCCCAAAAGGCUGUUUUCUUGGAAGGGAACGAAUUUCGUGAUGGUCAACAGCGUUGCCCUGGAAGGGGAUGGCUGCCACAUCUGCUCCAAAGCGGAAGCUGAACUCCUGGAAAUUUCUCAACGACUGAAUUGCUCCCGUGAGCAGGAACGUGGCUCCGGCCCCUGCCGAGAUGUGCCGCUGCUGCCCGUGUCCGCCCCGGUGCUCCUGCAGCAUUUCCCGCUUUACCGGAGGAGUGAUGCUAAUUGUUCUGGGGAGGACGCUGCGCCUCUGGAAGAGCGGGGCAUCCCCUUUAAGGAGCGGUAUGACGUGCUUUCCCGGGAGGCCUCUCAGCAGCUACUUUGGUGGCUGCGGCCACGUCUCAUCCUGAGUGGCCACACGCACAGUGCCUGCGAGGUGCUCCACGGGGCGGGAAUCCCCGAGAUCAGCGUGCCCUCUUUCAGUUGGAGGAACAGAAACAACCCCAGCUUCAUCAUGGGCAGUAUGACGCCCACAGAGUACGCCCUUGCCAAGUGCUACCUGCCUCACGAGGCUACUGUUCUGGCCACAUACUGUGUAGCAGCUGGGCUCCUGGCGGUCCUCCUGUUAGUCCACUCCAGACUUCUACCCUCACCUUUUCUUUUUGGCUGGAACCUGCUCAGAAAAUUUAAGACAACGUAAAGAGCAGGAGACUUGUGUAUUUCGUCAUAAGUAACAAAGCCAAAGAAACUGGACCUUGGGCAGGGCUCACAGGAGAUGAGGUCAAAGGAGGCGGUCUUUAUACACAUCACAGAAACUGUUAAUCACUGAUGCAAAUUCCUGCAGAAUAAAUAGUUGAUGGUACUGUUCUCAUGCUAUAAAAAUGGAACGUGUACUCUACAACAAGUCUUGUCUCAUUUUAUCAAAUAUAUGUAUAAUCAAAGAUCGUGUCUGUACAAUAUGUAAAAGCUAUUAAAGUCAUCACUUGCAUGCACUAGGCUGUCCUACCUUCCCCAGGAUGGAGCCGGCGGCCCGGGAACACACUCGGGGUUGUGUGUGCACAAACACUGGGUUUGAUUCUGUCCCCUUACGAAGUGGUCCACAAACUCCUAUUAUAUAUGAUAAAGCUGUACACUUAAAAUAAUAAAAGUACAGAUGUCACAAGCAGGAA